AUGGAUGAGCUGCGUCCGAAUUUGGUGGGUGGCUUGCUGGGAUUGCAGCAGGGAUUGCUGGAGGAUCAUGCCAGUAGCAUGCAGCAUGGCGGCGUCGGUCAGGACACCAAAUUCAUGUCGUUCCAGGAUAAUCGUUUAAUGGGCAUUGGUGGCUCGCAUGAGAAUCGCUUGCUCAGUCUGGCCACAUCGGUGCAGGACACACGCUCGCCGAUCACCACGCUGGACAAAUCAUCAUCGUCAUCGCUCAAUCAUCAGCGCAAAUGCAGCAGCACGCCGGAGGAUUUCAGUGCCCUGUAUUCGGGUCUACCCACACCGGGCAUGGAUUCAUCCUCGCAUCAUCAUACGCCAGCCCAUACGCCGCCCUCGCGCCUCUCCGAUCACACCAUAUCGGCUGAAGGUGCAUUCAAGAAACUUAAACCGGAACCCAAUAGCGGCCUCUCAACGGUUUCCGCCGGCAUCACAUCGCCCGGAAGUGGACUUUCCUCGCUGAGUCAACAUGCCGGCCACACUCCAACCACAGCAUCCUGCCCAACGCCAGCCAGACGAAGACAUCGCACCACAUUCACACAGGAACAAUUAGCGGAACUGGAAGCUGCAUUCGCCAAAUCGCAUUAUCCGGAUAUUUACUGCCGCGAGGAAUUGGCGCGCACAACAAAGCUGAACGAAGCUCGGAUUCAAGUUUGGUUUCAAAACCGACGCGCCAAAUAUCGCAAGCAGGAGAAGCAGCUGCAAAAGGCAUUGGCUCCAUCUGUGAUCCCGUCAUGCAACGGCAUGAUGCGGAACAUUCAAGGCUAUAGCGUAUCACGUGGCUAUCAGCCGUAUCCACACCACAACACUAUGAAUCGUUAUCCCCAGGAUCUGUUCCAAAUGGGCGCUUCCUCGUAUCCGGGCAUGACGCAGCCCUUCUCAAUGGCCCACAGUACGAAUAUGGGCUCCGUGGGCGUGCGUCAGGAUUCGAUGGGCAUGUCACCGGAGGACGAAUGGUAUAACAAAAGCCUAUCCGCAUUGCGCAUGAAUAGCUCACAUCAUCCGAACUUAUCGGCGCCGAUGCUGCAAUACCAGACAUAA